ACUAGAGGAAGUAGCUUCAGAGAUCAAGCUGUGGAAGAGAGUGGUAGAGACCUAUAGGGCGUCGUCUGUUAAACACAGUUCUUCAGUACCAUAAACAAGCAUGGCAUCGUGGGACCUGUCCGUAAGCGUUGAGGAAUUGGGCGUUGAGGCUCCUCCUCUCAAAAUUAGCGUCACUUCUGACCUUCAUAUCGGGGGAGUCAUCCUGAAAGUUGUGGAAAAAACAGAGAUUAAGAAAGACUGGUCAGACCACGCGCUGUGGUGGGAGCAGAAGCAGCAGUGGUUGCUCAAGCCGUCAUGGACACUGGACAAGUGUGGCAUCCACGCGGACGCCCGCCUAUGCCUCACCCCCCAGCAUAAACCCCUGCGCCUGGUCAUGCCCAAUCUUGCCACCCUCAGGCUGCGGGUCUGCUUCUCGAGUCCCAUGUUCCACACCGUGAUAGGCAUCUGCAAACUACUGAAUAUUCGUCACCCAGAAGAGCUGUCACUUCUCUGGCCAGUGGAAGAGAAGAAGAAGAAGAAACAGAAAGAUGCAGAUGUUAACGAGGUGUAUGACAUUACCAGUGCACCGCUGCCCACAAGUUCCAUUGACAAGCUGGCCAAUGACAUGCCCGCAUUCUUCGCCAACUCACCUGAGACAGAAGCUGUGUACAAAAUGCUGUCAGUCAGCCAACCAGCGCCGGCCCCGGAGACUAUCGCUAAGAUGAACCGGCCAACAACGAAGGUGGACAAAGCGCAAAUUAACAGCAGGUGGCUGGACUCAUCUCGCUCUCUACUGCAGCAGGGAGUCAAAGAGAACGACAAGUUGCUCUUCCGCUUCAAGUACUACAGCUUCCACGACCUGGAGCCACAGUCCGACGCGGUACGUUUGACUCAGCUGUACGAGCAGGCCAAGUGGGCCAUUCUGCUGGAGGAGAUUGACUGCACAGAAGAGGAGAUGAUGCUCUUCGCUGCCCUGCAAUACCACAUAGGGAAGGUUUCCCUGACAGAACAACUGGUGGCGACAUGUCCGGCCAUGGACGACCUAGACUCAGCCUUGCAGUGUCUAGAGGUGAAGAUGGAAGAGGAAUACAGCGCAGAAGAGAUGCUGGACACGAUGACGGCACCGGAGCUGCACGACUAUCUGAAGAUUUUCAGACCAAAAAAACAGACGCUCAAGAAGUAUAAGCAGUUCUGGUUCACCUUCAAGGAUAUGUCCAUUUCCUACUAUAAAAGCAAAGAGGAGAGCUGUAAAGAACCUAUACAGCAGAUGAAUCUCAAAGGCUGUGAGGUGGCACCUGAUGUAAGUGUAGCGACCCAAAAGUUCUGUAUAAGAUUGUUGAUUCCUGAACCAGAGGGCAUGAACGAAGUUUAUCUCCGCUGUGACAACGAACAGCAAUAUAGUAAGUGGAUGGCUGCGUGUCGCCUGGCCUCCAAAGGCAAGACCCUGGCGGAUGCCUCUUUCUCCACUGAAGUGCAGAGCAUUCAGUCCUUCCUGGCCAUGCAGAGGACAUCGUCCAGCAACAAGGCCGCACAGACUGACGAGAGCAUCAACACGCACAGCCUCGUCUCCCCCCGCUACCAGAAGAAGUACAAGCCCAAACAGCUGACCCCACGUAUCCUGGAGGCGUAUCAGAAUGUGGCGCAGCUUUCUCUAACAGAUACCAUCCUGAAGUUCCUGCAGAUCUGGCAAGCUUUGCCUGACUUUGGCCUUUCCUACUUCAUAGUCAGGUUUAAAGGAUGCCGUAAAGACGAGGUGCUGGGUAUCGCCAAUAACCGCCUGAUCCGCAUCGACCUAGGUGUAGACGAGGUGGUGAAGACAUGGCGCUACAACACAAUGAAGCAGUGGAACGUCAACUGGGACAUUAAGCAGGUUGCCAUAGAGUUUAACGGUAACGUGAACAUAGCCUUCGGCUGCGUGACGGCCAACUGCAAGAUUGUGCACGAGUACAUCGGUGGCUACAUCUUCAUGUCAACCCGGAGCCGGGAGAAAAAUAACACGCUGAAUGAGGAGCUCUUCCACCAACUGACAGGAGGUCAUGAAGCCCUCUGAAACUGUGUGUGUGUGUGUGUGUGUGUGUGUGUGUGUGUGUGUGUGUGUGUGUGUGUGUGUGCAUGUGUGUGAGAGACAGACAGACAGUCAAAAGCUUAUAAGGGUUAUCAAAAAUGGAUGGAAAAAUAAUGUAAACAUAUUUCAUAAAUAAAGUUAAAAUAAAAAAACAAGCUAUUCAUAUAUGUUACUUUACACAUUCUCGCUUACUAAAGGACUAAUUUCUCAGAAUGGAACUAAUCAAAACUGCUCAUUAGUAGCUCGUUAGCCUACAUGCCACUUCUGGGGAUAGUAUGCAGGGUUAUGUAAUUCAGGUCUAAAUCUGACCAAUGAAAUUAAUUUUCCUUUAUAUUUUCUUAUAUAUAAGAAAAUAAAUUUCAUUGGUAUAUUGGUGUG